AUGGCUUCAUUUAUUCGAUACUCAGUCAACUCCCGUCUCUCGUCUCGCCUGCUGGCCUCCAGCAAACUCUUAAACCUUCCACUUGACAAGGUGUUUACCGGAGUAGCAGACAAGUAUGAUCUGAUGAAUGAUGCUAUGAGCGUGGGCAUUCACAGGAUAUGGAAGAACCUCUUUGUCCAAAACAUAAUGCCAACCUCUAACCUGAACUGUCUCGAUGUUGCCGGGGGAACAGGUGAUAUUGCCAUUCGCAUGGCCCGUUUCUCGAAAAAUGUAACCGAACAGCACCAGUCGCCGACAGGGCAGGGCGGAAAGACCCCACCAAAGAUCACAGUUUGCGAUAUAAAUGGCGCAAUGAUGGAGGUAGGAAGAGCCAAGGCAAAUGCGCUCGGACUAACUGAAAUUGAAUGGGUCCAAGGAAACGCCGAGAACUUGCCUUUCGACGACAACAUGUUCGACUUGUAUACCAUAGCCUAUGGCAUUAGGAACUGCACACACAUUGAUAAGGUUCUUGAGGAGGCCUGUCGUGUCUUAAAACCCGGAGGGCGCUUCUGCUGCCUUGAAUUCAGCAGGGUUCAAAAUCCGCUUCUUCGCAAGCAAGUUUCUUUUCCGUUUUAUGACGUCUAUUCGAUGCAAAUGAUCCCGGUUAUGGGUCAACUAAUUGCCGGCGAUUGGCACUCCUACCAGUACUUGGUCGAGAGUAUUCGUCGUUUUCCGGAUCAGCAGGAGUUCGCCAACAUGAUCGAGGAUGCGGGAUUCAGAAACGUCAAGUGGACUAACUACACCUUUGGCGUUACAGCCGUUCAUGUUGGAAUUAAGUGA